UUUCGAUGAUUUCAUCAUACAGUUGCACAUCGUUGCUGUGAGGAUGAUGUCGAGAAUCUGCUUCGUACUUUUGCUGGCACUCUCUGCCAGUUUUGCCACAAAGACCAAGUGUCCAAAUAUUAUCAAAAGAGGUCAAUGGAGCACUGUUCCUCCUGGAGAAGUUAAUUAUUUAAUAGUACCGAUACCUUAUGUGAUAAUACACCACACAGUCACUCCCGAAUGUAGUACGCGAAGUAGUUGUACAAGUAGAGUUGACAACAUUCGUAGUUUUCAUAUGGAUACAAAUGGUUGGGACGACAUUGGUUAUUCUUUCUUGAUCGGCGGCGAUGGAAAUGUAUACGAGGGAUGCGGAUGGACACGUGAAGGAGCUCAUACGUAUGGAUAUAAUAAAAAAUCUGUCGGUAUAGCUUUUAUUGGGAAUUUUGAGCGAAAAGAAGUUAACCAGACAAUGGUAGAUAUUGCACAUCAAUUAAUCAAAUGUGGAAAAUCCCAAGGUAUUCUUCGAAACAAUGUACGCGUGCUCGGUGGACGACAGGUAAUUUCAACAGCCAGUCCUGGAAGUUACCUCUACACGAAAAUUCAAGAUUGGUCUGAAUGGAGUAGCGAUCCUUAGAAUGUUUCGAAAGUGCUCUCGAUCAGAUCGAGGUGCCCAAGUUUCAAGUUAACAGAGACGAAAUAUUCUUAAUUGUUUAAUCUUGUUAAACUUAACUGUAAUAUAAUAUUCAUUCUUCUAUAACAGAAUUUCAGUUUUUUUAAAGAAUUUCAGUUUUUGUAAGGUAACUUUGUUAUUGUUGUCGCAGCUGAUUUGUAUUAAUCCGUGUCUCGUUCGAUAGGAUUAUAUAGAAUAAGCUGAAGCUUUCUAUCGCUGUCUUAUCGCAACUCAUUAGCAAAAUUAACAAAAAGUAUGACAAAUGUAAGACCGUAAGAAAUAUACGUCAAUAUUCGAGGUAA